AUGCCACUCAGGGACAAGCGAUGGGUAGAGGAAGUCGCCCAGAAAGAGGCGGCGAUGGCACAGCCGGUUAAGAGGCAAGCAGCAGGACAAGCAGCAGGAAAUGAUGAGAUUAAGGAGGAACAGGUUUUGGGUUUAAUUGUGAA